GACCUGCAGUAGUUGGGCUGAGGCGGACCGGAAUGUUUUUUUUUUUUUUAAUUUGAGGCUUAGCCCAUUGUGUAGCAGAUGAGAUGAGAUGAUAGAUAGCGCGUGGACCCUGGAAGUUGGAAGGAAUCAACACCAGCACCCACCCAAGCGAUCCAUACGCAAUGCUUGACCGGUUUCUUGAGCAGCAGCCCAAAUAUGACUUUUCCCUCUUCUUUUAACCCAACCACUCCUUGCCUUUCUGUCUGCGUCCGCCUCCUCCUCCUCCUCCUCCUCCUCCUCCUCUGAACUCAAUCAUGGAAAACGCCGCCCCAAGAUCCGAAUUCAUGGCCACCUACGACUCCCCGCACCCUCUCUAUGCCAUGGCCAUCUCUUCCGCCCACACCCACUCUCGCAAUUUCCCCAAUCGCAUAGCCCUUGGUAGCUUCAUCGAACAGUGCACCAACCGUGUCGACAUUGUGUCUUUUGAUCCAGAUUCCCUCUCCAUUCAAACGCAUCCUUCUCUCUCCUUCGACCACCCCUACCCACCCACCAAGCUCAUGUUCAAUCCCAAUGCCCUCUCCUCUCUCCGCAACUCCUCCGACAUCUUGGCCUCCUCCGGCGACUAUCUCCGCCUCUGGCAAGUUGGAGAUUCUUCUAUCGAACCCCUCUCUGUCCUCAACAACAGCAAAACCAGUGAAUUCUGCGCCCCCUUAACUUCCUUCGACUGGAAUGAAGUCGAGCCCAAGAGAAUUGGAACCUCCAGCAUUGAUACCACUUGUACUAUUUGGGAUAUUGAGAAGAGCGUGGUUGAAACCCAGUUCAUAGCUCACGACAAAGAGGUUUAUGACAUUGCGUGGGGGGAAGCCCGGGUUUUUGCCUCCGUUUCCGCUGAUGGGUCGGUCAGGAUUUUCGACUUGAGAGAUAAAGAGCACUCCACCAUUAUAUACGAAAGCCCCCAGCCCGAUACCCCUUUGCUUAGACUGGCUUGGAACAAGCAGGACCUGCGGUACAUGGCCACAAUUUUGAUGGAUAGCAACAAAGUUGUUAUUUUGGACAUUCGCUCGCCAAGUGUGCCGGUUGCUGAGCUGGAGAGGCAUCAUUCCAGUGUCAAUGCCAUUGCCUGGGCUCCACGGAGCUGCAGACAUAUUUGCUCCGCUGGGGAUGACAAACAGGCGCUUAUUUGGGAGUUGCCAAUGGUUGCAGGCCCGAAUGGCAUUGAUCCAAUGUCCAUGUAUUCUGCUGCACAUGAAAUUAACCAGUUGCAGUGGUCCGCCGCCCAGCCUGAUUGGAUUGCUCUGGCAUUUUCAAACAAGAUGCAGCUUUUGAAAGUUUGAGGUCUGAGAAUGUUUUCCACUGUGUACCUAUUGUGUAUCUACUACUGCUAUAUAUAUUAUCCCCUUCGUUUUCCCCUGUUCUAUAAGCCACAUAUUUGCUAUAGGCGUAGUUUUAGUUUCAGUGCCAAGAUGUUAUUGCUACUCGGAUGGUAUAAAUGUUGAUGCGCAAUUUAAGUUACCUCGCUUGAAUUCCUUAUAUUUAAUCAAA